GUUAAUUCCUUCCGAAGCCCUUUCGGUCUCGCCGGUGGCACGUGCGGGUUAUUACCGAACCGAACACCUUUGGUACCGCGACCGAGAUAUUGGAAAUACCGACUGGGCACCUUGGACAGCAUGGCGUCAUCGUUCGAGCAAAUGAGAGCGAAUGUGGCCAAAUUACUGCGUGGGAUUGAUCGGUAUAACCCCGAGAAUCUGGCCACGCUUGAGCGCUAUGUAGAAACACAAGCCAAGGAAAACGCUUAUGAUUUGGAGGCCAACCUGGCUGUUCUUAAAUUGUAUCAGUUCAACCCAGCCUACUUCCAGACUACGGUGACAUCUCAGAUUUUGCUGAAAGCCCUAACAAACCUGCCACACACAGACUUCACACUUUGCAAGUGUAUGAUAGAUCAAACACACCAAGAGGAGCGUCCAAUAAGACAAAUCCUAUACCUUGGAAACCUCCUUGAGACAUGCCACUUUCAGUCAUUCUGGGCCAGUCUGGAGGAGAACAGAGAGCUCAUUGAUGGCAUCACAGGCUUCGAGGAUUCAGUCCGCAAGUUUAUCUGCCACGUGGUGGGGAUUACCUAUCAGAACAUUGAUCGUCGGCUGCUGGCAGAGAUGCUUGGAGACCCACUAGAUACACAGGUGAAGGUAUGGAUGAGCAAGUAUGGCUGGACAGAAAAUGAGGAUGGCCAGAUCUUCAUCUUCAACCAGGAGGAGAGCAUCAAGCCGAAAAAUAUUGUAGAGAAGAUAGACUUUGAGAGUGUGUCCAGCAUCAUGGCAACCUCACAGUGACACCCCAGAUACCUGCAUACGCUCAUCCAUAGGCACAGAGACUUCCUGAGCUUUUUAUCAUCAAAAACACUUCACGUAAUGUCAGCAUUUUCAAUAAAGCUUUAUUAUUGAAA